GGUAAACUAUGAACCCUUGGGUAAACUCUGAACCCUUGAAUAAAUCAUAAACUCUAGGGUUUAAUUUUAAAUAUUUUUGAUUUAGAGUUUAUGAUUUAUCCAAGGGUUCAGGCUUUAUCCAAGGGUUUAGGGUUUAGUGAUUAAGGUUUAGGGUUUAGUGUUAUUAAGAUUUAGUUUUGAUGUAUGAUUUAGGGUUUAAAAUUUUCCAAUGGUUUACGGUUUAUCCAAGAUUUAAGGUUUAUAAUUUAGGGUUUGGAGUUUAGAAUUUAGGGUAUAGGAUUUAGUAUUUUGCUAACAUUUUAACAAUAUUUAUUUAUUUUUUUUUUGUAACUAUAUUUAUGUAUUUUUAUUAUUUUAUUUUAAAAAUUUAUAUCAUAUUUGGAAAUUCAAUUUUAUUUCCUUUUUUAAAAGAUAUCAAAUAUCAAAUACUCAACCACUAUUGGUUGGUGAACCUCUAGGUUCACCUAGGGGGUGAAGCCAAGAAUUUCUCUUCUUUUGAUAUGCUUUAGUAAACUAUUUAUACGGAUCUCUCAUCCUGCUUUGUCUUAAUGUUACCGAUUGAUAACAAUAAGAAUUGAAUACCACAUACUGCUAUACCAUAAAUGGCAAAGAGUUACCUGGCAAAACCAUUAUGCCAUUUACCCAAGUUGUUUCUAUACGUAUAUAUAGUGAAUUAAGCAUAUAAUUGGUGUAUGAUGUCACGUCGUGAUAAUGGAAGCUACUAGAGUUUCCAUUAAUUAAUCAACCUUUUUUCCUCUCUCUCGCUCUCUUUUUUGGGUCAUGAAUAGUUGAGAGAACAACGACAGAAAAGCCAAGUUCAAAGCACAAUGAGAUUAGUUAAAGGCAAAUGCGAUAAUGAUACCAUUCUGAGCAUUAUUUGAGUCACGAUAUAUAGCCACACUCUCAUCAAAUAUUUUUAUCACAAGAACCUCCCAAAACUACAUAAGAGAAGUGCUAGCAUAUAUCUAUAUAUACACACACAUAUACACUGAUACGUACAUACAAAAUUAUGGUGAAGUUGGAUGGGAAAUUGUGGAAAGCUGUGAUUAUGAUGUCAAUUAUAAACAUUGCGCUAAGCGGUGUAAACGUUAUGUUCAAGAAGAUGCUUAAUCAAGGAGUUAACCGUAUGGUUGCGGCCACUUACCGACUUGCCGCAGGAACUCUGUUCUUGACACCAUUAGCUAUUUUCUUAGAAAGACAUAACAGGCCAAAACUCACUGGUAGUAUCUUGUGUUCCCUUUUCUUAAGCGCUCUCCUGGGGACAAGUUUGGUGCAAUACUUCUUUCUAAUUGGACUACAAUAUACGUCUUCCACUUUCGCCUUAGCGUUUAGCAACAUGGUUCCUUCGAUCACUUUUGCUAUGGCUCUCGUCUUUAGGCAAGAGACGUUGAACAUCAAGAACAACAUAGGAAGAGCCAAAGUGUUAGGCACAAUGAUAUGCAUCUGUGGAGCUUUGGUACUUACGCUUUAUAAAGGAGGCUCAUUAACUCCACAAAACGCUCAAGCAGAAACACAAACGUCAAAUAGUCCAACUACUGCGGUAACGCAAAAAUGGGCCAUGGGUUCGGUCAUGCUGAUCAUAUCAAUCUUAAUAUGGUCAUCGUGGUUCAUUGUUCAAGCCAAAAUAUGCCGGAAGUAUCCAUGUCAAUACACAAGCACCGCGAUCCUCUCUUUUUUUGGUGUGAUCCAAUCUGCUUUGUUGAGUUUGAUCUCGGAGAGGAGCAUAUCCAUGUGGGUCGUUAAAGAGAAGUUCCAAGUUUUAGCUUUACUUUAUUCGGGCAUCGUGGGAUCUGGAUUGUGCUACGUGGGAAUGUCAUGGUGUCUCCAGCAAAGAGGUCCGGUUUUCACGUCUAGCUUCAUCCCUUUGAUUCAAGUUUUUGCUGCCUUUUUCAGCUUCUCUUUUCUUCACGAGCAAAUUUACUGCGGAAGUGUGAUAGGAUCAGUGGUCAUCAUCGUGGGACUUUAUAUACUUUUAUGGGGCAAAAGCAAGGAUAAGCCGACACAAGUAACCAAACAAGAACCAUUAAAUCUCGAUCUUGAAGAUUCUGGGACAGCUCCAAAGGAACUUAAUAGUGCUGCCCAUCCAGUGUCUGGAAAAUAAUUACUUUGAUAUACAUAUAGUUGUUUUGCAUAUGGUAAUGAACUAAUACUUAAUUACAGUGAAUGUCUGACAGAAAAUCAUAACACUAAAACUGUUAUACAGAAAUAAAAAUAUGUUCAAAUUUCGAGUUUCUGAGAUGUUUGCCAAUAAAUAAAUGAUGACCGAAUUAUGGUUAUAUAGAAGCA